GUAUUCGCAGAAAGCCGGAGGAUUUUGGUCAGCUCUCGCAGCAUAAAAUCCGUGGAUAAGCACCUCGCUUCGCGUCGUUCGUGUUGCCUCUCAGUAAUCAUGGCGCCGGCACCCCGAGUCGCAGCAGCGAUAUCGUGCCUUCUCUUCGCUCUCACCGCCAGUCCCGUGCUUUCCGUACCCACUAUGGCCGCUUUUCGCGGUGACAUCGCGCGCGGCAAUAACAUCGAGUCGGCUUCUAUUGAGGAUGAUUCCGAUGCUCUUGGUGCGCUUGAUGCAUCCCCGAGGUUUGUCGAGAAGCCGCUCGAUCUCGGCUUGGGCGCGUACGAGCGGCCGGAGGGAGGCUUCCUUCGGGUGAACCGCGCGAAGCAUGGCGAAAGCAUUGGCGGAGGCGAGCCGGACAUUCGCCACACGGCUGGUUACUUUCGCCUGAACCGGACACACGACGCUAGGCUGUUCUAUUUCUACUUCGAGUCGCGCGGCGACAAGGACACGGCGCCGCUGGUGCUGUGGAUGACGGGCGGGCCGGGGUGCAGCAGCGAGAUCGCGCUCUUCUUCGAGAACGGCCCCUUCACCAUUAACAACGACAACGCGUCGCUCUCCUGGAACCCUUACGGAUGGGACAUGGUGUCGAACAUCAUCUACGUGGACCAGCCGGUGAACACGGGGUUCAGCUACAGCCACGACCCGCGAGACAUGCGCCACACGGAGGAUGGCGUCAGCCAGGACAUGUACGAGUUCCUGCAGGAGUUCUUUCUGGCUCACCCGGAGCUCCAGGGCCGGGAGUUCUACAUCACAGGCGAGUCGUACGGGGGGCACUACAUCCCUGCUGUGGCGGACCGGGUGGUUAUCGGCAACAGGCGCAAGCAGGGCCUGCCCAUUAACCUCAAGGGAGUGGCGAUCGGCAACGGCAUGACCCACCCCGAGGUGCAGUUCCCCAGCUACCCCGUGUUCGCCCACUCGCGUGGCCUCCUCACGGACCAGCAGCUGCAGCACUUCCGGCUCUGGAGCAAGCCCUGCCACUUCGCCGCCCACUCCUGCGGCGAGUCCGGUCGCAUCAGCUGCGGUGCGGCGUUUAUCAUCUGCGAGCAGUUCUGGGGCUCCGUGUAUGCCGCCACGGGCUCAGGCCACCUCAACCCGUACGAUGUGCGCAUUGAGUGCGGUGACGAUCCCCUCUGUUACGACAUGUCAGCGGCUGACAAGUUCCUGGCGCUCCCCUGGGUGCGGGAGGCACUGGGCGUGGGCGACCUCAAGUGGGAGAGCUGCAGCAGCAGCGUGUACCGCGCGAUGCUCUUCGACUUCAUGAGGGACCUCGCGCCCAAGGUGCCGCACCUGCUGGCGGCUGAUGUGCGCGUGCUGGUGUAUGCUGGGGAUGCUGAUUACAUCUGCAACUGGAUUGGCAACUCGUGGUGGGUGAACGCCAUGAAGUGGCCGGGCAAGGCCGGCUACGCCAAGGCCCCGUGGCGCCCCUUCGUUGUCAACGGCCAGACGGCUGGGUCGGGACGCAUUGCCGAGCCCCUCUCCUUCCUGCGGGUGCACGAGGCGGGGCACAUGGUGCCCAUGGAUCAGCCCGAGGCCUCUCUGGAGAUGCUAAGGCGCUUCAUCCUCAACCUGCCGCUGCUCGACGGCUCAGAUCUCCAGGCAGGGCCGAACGGCGAGAUGGACGGCUCAGAAGGGCUCGAGGAGCUGGUUGGCGUGGAGGUUGUUGGCUCUGGUGCCGAGGCUGCUGGUGGUGCUGCUGAUGGUCGUACUGCUGCUGGUGUUGCUGUGGCUGAAGCUGCAGAUGUGCUGGUUGCAGUGGAAUAGGUUGCUGCUGCUGUUGCUGCUGCUGUUGUUUGAGAGAGGAGCAGUGGUGUGGGGUACUGCUGGUGCAGCAGCAUCCUUUGCAUGGGGUCACAUUGGGCACCUGGGCCUCGGAUCAGACGCUGCAGCGAUGCUGCUUGUGGCACUGUGCAUGCAUGGCUUGUGCUCCAUAGAAUGUUUUUGAGGCGCCUAAAAAAUAUGGGUCUGUAGUCUGUAGUCUGUACCAUGCCAAUAGUACCGGUGGCAAGUGGUACCUAGCAUCUGCAAAGUAUUGUCGCCAGAUCUUGGGUGGGGGGGUGUGUUGUGCAUUCUAUUUGCCUACAACCGCUGCUGUUUUCCAGAGAUUUUUCCAGUGGUCACAAUUGUUCCAGUUU